AUGGCAUCUUCAGGGCCCUCCCUCAAGCGGCCAUCCUCCUCGAUGGGUCCUCACGACAACAAACGUCCGAAACAAUACUACCAUCACCACCACCGCUUGCAGGAUCCCUUCACGGUGCCGCCGACGACUGAGCCCGCCGUGCAGGAUGACGCCAGUAUCGACCUUCUCAUGAACCGCGCGAUGGGGCAGCUCCUGCGGGACUCGGGCUUUGACAUGGCACAUCCUGCCGCGCUGGCGAGCUUGCGCAGCGCCACAGAGGAGUAUCUCUUUCGAUUCACAGCCUAUGUCCGCCAAUCCAUGGCAUCUUCCCGACGGACUCAACCCAUCCCUCAAGAUUUCGAACUUGCCUUGAAGCGCCUCCGCCUCCGCAUCGACGACCUUCACCCUUAUCUCAAAGCGCAACCACCUGCAGCACCGGCAGCUCCGCUACUGCCCUCCCCUCCGCCCGAGGAUGAGGGGAUACGCAAGUUCCCAUUCCUGAGCUCGCUCAGCGGCGAAGACGACCGCGCCACCCGCUCCUACAUCCCCGAGAACUUCCCAGACUUCCCCAGCAAACACACCUACUCCGCGACAGCGGUCUUCACCGAACGCGAAAGCGACACUCGCAAGAUCCGCGAGCGCGCUACCGAAGAUGGACGUCACGGAGAAGAAGCGCUGCGCAAGUUGGCACGCGCCGCGUUCCGCGACAAUCAAGUCAAUUCGACGGGUAACAAGAAGCUCUGGGGUCGGCGGAUGGAGAGCAUGGAGGGCAUGUUUGAGAAGACCGUCAAGGGUGUGAUGAAGAAAGCGCAGAAAGAUUCUCUGGUUUCUUCCAACGUCCCCGGUGCACUAAGCAUGGCUAUGGAUAUUGACUCGACGCCAGUUCCGGCGGAGGCCGAUUCCAAGAUUCGGUCCAAGGUAUCGUUGAAUCUAGAGCUGGGCCCAAUUGUCAACUGUGAACGAGACUUUUGGCGGCGGACGACGUCGGCAAGUGCACGACGAGUAGAGGAUAAGGAGCCGCAGCUGACGGCCAGUGUUGAGCCCUUUGAGACUAUUGGACUUUGA